GGCACAGGAGCCCCGCGGAGCCGCCGGCGCGCGGCCCCUCAUGGCCAAGCGGCGCGCGGAGCCGCUGAUGUGCCACGUGCCAGUGAAACGGCUGCUGCGCGAGCCGGCGCUGCCCCGCGCGGGCGAGCGGCGGCCCCGCGCAGAGCCGGGCGGCGCCGGCCCCGCCGCGCUCAAGCGCCCGCUGGAGGAGGCGGAGGCGCCGCCGGGAAAGCGGCUCGGGCCCGGCGCCCCCCGUGCGCAGCCGGGGGACGCGGGCGGCGGGCGGCGGCGGCGCGGCGGGACUGUGGCGCCCCAGGACGCGCCGGCGGCGGAGGGACACGCGGGCGGCCGGGGCAAAGAGCGGGCCGCCGCCGCCGCCGAGCAAGAAGAGGAAUUCUGUCAAUAUAACUCAUUCCUGUACUGGAGAGCACCACUGCCUGCUAUUGAUUUGUCUGAUAUUCAGAACCUAGAUGAAGAGCCUCCAUCGGGUGCCAAAACUGCUGCAAGGACUGAUACUGCAGAAACUGAAAUGGAAACCUGAUCAGUUGUUUCAUAGCUGUGCAUCUGUUCCCAAGGAACUUGUUUCCAUUUAGAUGGGGUUUUGUUCCUUGGGUGAAUAAUAAGCAUGUUUAUGCGGUCUUGGAGAAACUGUUGUGGCAGUCUUUAAAAGCAAAUCUGAGUUGCCUUAGUGGAUAGGAUGAACAAUAUUGGGUACUUAAGAGGAAGCUAUCUGAAGGUGUGCAGUAAGGAGGAGCCAACAGUGUCUAACAGGAAUACUUGAAGACAUGGAGGCAGACUAAAAGAAGAAUAAGGAAAAUGAGAACUUCGGGAUGCAAUUAAAAGAUAUGGGGAUAUGUUACAUGUUGAAAUGCAGAAUUAUUUUGUCUGUCCUAAACAAAAAAACGUGUGGUACCUGAAAGUGGAGUAUUUUAACAUGUGAUUUUAUCAUAAAGCACACAAACUUUUGUGAUUUCUAAUGUGUUCUUUUUUUUUCUGUAUAAUAGCUAAACCAAAAAAUGAGUCCAUCAAAAUUGGACAAAACAUUCCCUUUUCUAUGCAAACCAAAAACCAAGUGUGGCAGAGAAGGGGAAGGAAAAGGGGCUACUUUCUGCUGAAAGCUGCUGCUGUUCCGAAAAGUUUCACAUUUUCAUUGUGAAAAAGUUUUUUCACCUUCUCUUUUUUGCAUUAUGGAUAGCAGUGGGCACCCCUUUUUUUAUGUUUUUAGUUCAUUCUAAAGUUACUGCUGUUUUUAGUCUUUGUGAUGUUGCUCUGAACCAGUUGAUAGGAUCUGAAUGACAGGUUUGGGCAGAUGUGUCAAGAAAAGUUAGUGCAAUAUAAACUGACCACACACACUUUUUCAAACUAUACUGAAGGAGGUGUGGUUUUUGCAGAGACUGUGAAUUUUGCAGAAAGUUUUUACAGAAGUUCAUUCAAAUUGUGGUUUUUUGCUGUGUAAUAUGAACUUGAUGUUUGUGAUUUGCAAUUUAUUUACAUAUUGAAAUACAAUUAGACGUCUUUAAUAAUAGACUGAAGUUGUGUGGGAAGACUUACAUUUUGGAAUAUGAUUUGUCUUUAAGGACAGAAAACGUAUUUUUUCUGUAAUCACUAUGGAAAAAGGCAACUUUUGAAUUUUAUUUUUUUCUAAUAAUGUGUUUGUUAAAGGACAAUAAAGUUUUGCCUGUGUGUAUGUGAAAAUUUUGUCACUAUUACUAAGUGAAGUUCUUGACUUUAUUUCAUAAGAUUUCUGCUUCUGUAUCUUUGUUUUACUAGGUCUUUUUGCUUAAAAUAGUGAGCUUGUCAGCUUGCUUGGUAAACACUUGGAAACUUUUUCUGCAAUUUGUGCUGCAUAGGUUAUCUGUAUUUGUUGCUUAUUCAUUUAGCUUGUUAAGAUCUCAAACCUUCAGGAGAAAGGAGGUGGCUUAGGGACUUAAGCAGUUAAUGGUGCCGCUUUGGAUAUCCUUCUACGUUCUGUCAGGUUAGCUGGAUACACAUUUGGACACUAUGUAUUUUUCUCAGUUUUAACAUUUUGUUUAAGUUCAAAUACACCAACUUGU